AUGGAUGAAAAAGAAACUCCCAAGCCAGUGAAGCCAAUUUUGAAGGAAUACAAGCAAGUUCUACCAUUCCCUUCACGAUUGAAAAGCAUGAAGCACGAGCGAGAGAACGAGGAAAUCAUGGACACCUUUCGUAAGGUGAAAAAUGCUAUUUUGCAAAAAGACUUACCUCCAAAGUGCAAGCAUCCGAGAAUUAUCCUGAUUCCUUGUAAAUUGGGAAGCCUAAAUUUUUCAAAAGUUGUGUGUGACCUAGGUGCUUCAAUCAAUGUAUUUCCCUUUUCUAUUUUUGAAAAAUUAAAAUUGGGAUCUUUACAAAAGACGGGGACUAUCAUUCAGUUGGCUGAUUACUCGACAUUACACCCAAAAGGUGUAUUGGAGGAUGUUCUUGUCCAAGUGAAUGUCUUAAUUUUUCCAGCUUAUUUUUACAUCUUGGACAUGAGCAAUUUAGACGUAUCAGACAAAAACUCUAUUAUUUUUGGAAUGCCUUUUAUGGAAACUGCUAAAUCGAAAAUUGAUGUUUUUGCUAGUACACUCUAUACGAAAUUUGAAUGUAAUGAGAUAUGGCUAUAUGAGAUGCUUCCAGCUGUUCGUGCUGGUGGAUUUGCGUUAAGAAAAAACCGAGACACACCUCGGAUGAAACGAUGGAGUGGUACGAAAAAAAUUGAAAUGGGUUGA